CCCAACUUCUUCUUUCUUCUCCUUCCUCCACCAACUUGCAAACCUCCUCCUCCUCCUCCUCUGCCCUCCACCCUCCCUCCCCCCUCCCUCCCCAUCAACAAAAAACCAAAAACUCAACCAAAAAGCCUACCACCACCAAAUCUCCAACUCCGUCUCGCUGAAGAACAAGGGAAUACCGUCUCUCGUUUUUCACUCACGAAGCGAAUUCACCUGCUCGAUUUACGACCCCAUCAAAAGUUUUCGCUCCCGCCUCAGUCUUUCUUUUCUUAUAGACGUUACGAACUUCUAGACGGAACGGAAAGUCCAUCAAAACCGAUUCCUUUUUCCUUACUUUCUGCACUGCCGGAAAGUCCACAUACAUCACCUCUCUUAAUACAUACACACCUCAUCGACUCGACAUCGGCUAGCUUGAUAGCAUAUUAAUCACAUCAUGGCUGAUCUCAACCAACGCAUGUCCGCUAUGGGCAUCAACGAGUCCGUCCACGCUGGUGGUCAGGCUCCUCCCAAGCAGGCGUACAUCCCUCCUCACAUGAGAGCUACCAUGGGGCGUGCACCUCCCGCCGCCGCCGCCUCCGGUCCCACUCCCACUCCAGCUCCCGCCAAUGACGUUCAAGGCUCUAGGUGGGCGAACGGCAGUGGCCCCGCUCCUGUUGCUCCUGUUGCCAACGGAUGGGCUACUCCCACUCCUCCUGCGAGCCAGCCUCGCAGCAACUGGGACGCGCCUCCUGCUCGCCCUACACGCGGCUUCGACCCCAAUGGAUACGGUGCUCCCAGUGGUGGUGGCAGCAGCCGUGGCAACUACGGCGAGGGUCGCUGGGCUGAUGGAAAGCACAUCCCGGGCCCUGUGAAUCAGCGUCUCGAGAGGGAUCUUUUCGGUGUCCCUAACGACCCCCUCAAGCAGCAGACUGGAAUUAACUUCGAGAAAUACGACGACAUUCCGGUUGAGGCAUCUGGACAUGAUGUUCCCGAGGCGGUCACAGAGUUCACCAGCCCUCCUCUGGACGCCCACCUUCUGGCCAACAUCUUUUUGGCUGGUUACAAGAACCCCACUCCUGUUCAGAAAUACUCGAUCCCAAUCGUAUCAGGUGGCAGAGACUUGAUGGCUUGUGCUCAAACUGGUUCCGGAAAGACUGGUGGAUUCCUUUUCCCGAUUCUCUCUCAGUCCUUCUUGAACGGCCCGUCCGCUGCCCAGACAGCCAACAACGGUCAAUACGGCAGGAGAAAGGCCUUCCCGACUGCUCUGAUCCUCGCUCCUACCCGUGAGCUUGUGUCUCAGAUUUAUGAGGAAUCCAGAAAGUUCGCCUACCGCUCGUGGGUUAAGCCUUGCGUCGUCUACGGUGGUGCCGACAUCAGCUCGCAGCUUCGCCAGAUCGAGCGUGGAUGUGACCUUCUCGUGGCUACUCCCGGUCGUCUUGUCGAUCUCAUAGAGCGUGGUCGCAUUUCGCUUGCCAAUAUCAAGUACCUCGUUCUCGAUGAGGCUGAUCGCAUGUUAGACAUGGGUUUCGAACCUCAGAUUCGUCGUAUUGUUGAGGGUGAGGACAUGCCUGGCACCGACAACCGCCAGACCCUCAUGUUCUCCGCCACUUUCCCCCGCGACAUUCAGAUGCUCGCCAGGGAUUUCUUGCGCGACUAUAUUUUCCUCUCCGUCGGCCGUGUGGGUUCUACUUCCGAGAACAUCACCCAGAAAGUCGAAUACGUAGAGGACCCUGACAAAAAGUCUGUUCUUCUCGACAUUCUCCACACUCACAAGGGGGGGCUUACCCUCAUCUUCGUCGAGACCAAGCGUAUGGCCGAUGCUCUGAGCGACUUCCUUAUCAACCAGAACUUUCCCGCUACUUCCAUCCACGGUGACCGUACCCAACGCGAGCGUGAGCGUGCCCUUGAGGUGUUCCGCAAUGGGCGUUUCCCGAUCUUGGUUGCCACUGCGGUUGCUGCCCGUGGUCUCGACAUUCCUAACGUCACCCACGUUGUCAACUACGACCUACCCACCGAUAUCGAUGACUACGUUCACCGUAUCGGUCGUACUGGUCGUGCUGGAAACACCGGUAUCGCUACUGCGUUCUUCAACCGUGGCAACCGCGGUGUCGUUCGUGAGCUGAUUGACCUUCUCAAGGAGGCUAAUCAGGAAGUCCCGGCAUUCCUGGAGACCGUCGCUAGGGAAGGCGGAUACAGCGGAGGCGGAGGCCGUGGUGGUGGUGGAGCCCGUCGUGGAGGAGGUCGUGGAGCUACCAACGCUUCCCGUGACUUCCGUAAGUUUGGCGGAAACAGCUUCGGCGAACGCUCCGGAGGCUUCGGCGGAGGAGCUGGCGGCAGCGGAGGCGCUGGUGGCUACGGCGGCGGUGCUAGCAGCGGAGGCGGAAGCUACGGCGGUGGCGGCUACAGCGGCGGUGCCGGUGCUGGUGCCGGUGCUGGUGCUGGAGCCGGCGGCGGUUACGGCGGAGGCGGCGGAUCUUACGGAAACCCUGGCGGACAGUCCUGGUGGUAG